AUUAAGCAUUAAUUAUGGCAUUUGCAAAUUUGAAAACGAAACGAAAGCGAAAUAUUGAAUAAUAUUGUUGUUCAUGUUUCAGUCAGUUUUGUGAUCUUCAAGCAGCCUCAACAUGGCCUCUGCUAAGCUGUUUCUUGCUGUAGCCAUUUUGGCCACAUUAUCUCUAAGCGCCAAUGCCGGUUUCUUGGAUUAUAUUUAUCCAACCGUUAUGUCUGAGUUUUAUAGCCUGGCACCUACGAAGGAGGGUUACCGUUUCAAUUUGGAAGAACCAAAUGGCAGCAAACGUGAAGAAAUCGGUGUGGUCAUGAAUCCCGGCACACCCGACGAACAGCUCGUCGUGAUGGGUAGCUACACGGUUUACGAUGAGAAGACAGACAUCGAGACGAUUACAAUGUACACAGCCGAUAAGGAUGGUUACAAGCCGCGCUACAUGAUCAAGAACCGCAAAUUGAGCCCCGGUGCUUUGAAAUCCGCCGCUGGUUAAGCAAUUUGCAGUUCUAUUUUAUAUUUAAUGCAAAAAAUCUUAAUGUGAAUUUAAUUUAAAUGUUUUUGUUGUUUGUCGAAAGUACUUUACAUUACCCUUUAAUACUCAAUUAUUUACUGCCAUUUUUGUAUGAAAUAAAGCUUUACUUGUAAUAUAA